UGUGACCGUGUAUUCUAACACAAAAGCAUUGCUAUUCGAUCAUGUCGCUGGCUGUGACGGCCUUCCCAGCAACGGCCCCUUGUCCCAGCUGCCCAAGUCAAGGUCCACGGGUGCGUACUGCGAGAUGUGGUAGUCGGGAAGGUUUCGUCGUUGCUUCUUUCAGCGGGACGCUGAUUGCGAGGUAUGUGAGCGGUGCGAGUCGGCAUUGUCGACAGAAGCCUCGUGUCAAGGCCUUGCAGCAAGCAACACUUGAUGUGGAGGUGAAGCAGCGCCGGCUGCUGGCUGAGGUGGAGGUCCUCUCAGUGUCGCUGCACCCUUUGAAGCCUCGAGACCUGGUGGUGUUGGAGGUCACUGAUCCAGACUUUCCAGACGGGCCUCCUCUGCCGGUGGUCUCCGAACCGCUGUGGCAAACAGGUGAUAAAGCCCUCCUCAUGCAGGUGGGCUGCCGAGUGCCCCAGAAUGUGGCCCGCUUCCAGGGCCUCUUCCGAGAGCUGGCCGGCGCAGCCUUGGCCCGAAAGGAGGGUGCCAUGGAGGGUCCCUUGAAGUUGGCCGGCGUCGACUCGAUGGGGUUGCUGCUUCCCUACUCGGCGGAGGGCCUGCAGCGCCAGAAAGACUUGGAGCGCCUGGAGGUCUUUCAGUCGCGAGUGGCGCUGCAGCUCGCCUACAGUGGGGACGGCUUCCGGGGAUCACUUGGGAGCGAUGACUCGGUGGAGGCUGCGGUCCGCAGUGCGCUAUUGCAGGU